CAAGUCUAGUUGAGUUGCAUUUGUUUGUCCAAGUCAAUAAAUCAAAGUCUUAACUCUGUUUUUUUUUUUUUUUUGCUUUUAAAAAUCAAACUUUUGAGUCACCACAAAAAAGCUUUCAUAGUGUUUAUAUUAUUGUUUUAUACAAAAAAGACCAGUUUUAAAUCUUUGGUUUGUUUUCUUUCUACUUCCACCAAAAUUUACAAUUUUGAAGAAAACCCAAUUCAAAGAAGAAGAAUUAAAAUGAUUACAGAGGAAAAAGUUGAGAUUUUUACUGAUUUUUGUGAUGAAAAAUUUGAAUCUGAUCAGCUGUUGUCAGAGGAACAGGACAGCAACAAGACCAGAUCACAUGUGAAGAAAUUGAGAUCAAUCAAGUUCUCAAAAUCACCAAGCUUGAAAUUUUCAACAAGAAGAUCAAAACCCCAUUUCAGAAAUAUUGGGAUUGAGCUAUUUUGUGAAGAGGAAAACUCUCCAAGUUCAACUACUUCUUCAAGAUUUUCCCAGAAAUCUGCACCACCAUUAAUUAGAAGAUCUAGUUUUAAGAGUGGGAAAAGGAUUUUAGCAAGAAUGUCUAGCAAGAAAUUAAAGAAGAAAAGUACUGAUUUGAACCAAAUGAAGUUAUCUAAUGAAGUUGAAGAUGAGAAGAGAAGAACAUCAUUAGCUUACUCAAAGUCAAAGUCAAUAUCUCCUGGUCAGAAAUCAUCACCUAGGACUUUAACAAGGAAACUUAGUUUGAAACCUUUAAGGUUUUCCCCAACAAAAUCCAAGAAAAGUCCCUUGAAAAGUCAUUCUGGGGUAUCUCGGUUUCCUGAUUUGAGUGUCGAAAGAGCUACAUGUUCUUCGAUUCUUAAGGAUUCUAAGUUUCAUGACACCCUGCAAGGGUUUGAAUCCAUUGAAAAUUCAGCUAUGAAAGUUUGUACAUUUUCGUAUUGCUCGCUUCAUGGUCAUCGUCAUGCCAAUGUACCACCUUUGAAGCGUUUCAUAUCGAUGAGGAGGCGUUCGAUGAAGAAUCAGAGGAGUACAAGAGGCGAAACUCGAGCUGCUUGUAAAGAAAGGAGUUCGGGUAAGGGAAAGAAAGAAUCACUAGCUCUUUUAGUAGAAGAAGUUGAUAGGGAAAACGAGUUAGGUGGCUAUGGCGAAGAAGAGGCGAAAAUCAAUGAUUUUGUUGAGAAGUUAGUUGGUGAAACAUCAAAUCCACUUUCACAUAUUGAUGAGAAUCGAAAUCAAGUAUGCGAGUUUCCCAUUGUUGAGCCUAAUUCAGCACCGGUGGAGACUAGUACAGUUUCUCCAAGCAGUGAUGAGUUGGAAAUGGAUUCGAGAUCAGUUGGUGAAAGUAAGGAGCGAAAUGAGUGUUUGUAUGCAUCCCCGAGAAAGCUAGAAGCGAAAGAUGAGAAGGAAAAUUUGGAGCCUGCUGAUGGCUUCUUUCGGUUUCCUCCUACUAAGGAUUCUGAACUUAAUGGUAAUAAAGAUAUGGGGACAUCGAGAAUGCAGGUGCAGCUAAAGGAUCAGAAAUAUGUAAGGAUGUGGCGUUUGAUGUAUAAGCAUACUGUGAAAGGAGUAUCUGGGACAGUUGAAAAUCAAGUCCCUUUCGAUAAUGUGGACAAGGCAGAACAAGUAAAAGAGGCUGAAGUUGUACUUGAACCGAACGAUUCUCAAGUUCUUCAAGAUGCAAUGGUGGAAAGUGGUAAUGCUGAUGCAGGCAAGCAACAGAUGGAGCUUUACCAGAAUGAUGCUGUUAAGCUGGUGCAGGAGGCUUUUGAUGAAAUCCUUCUCCCCGAAAUUCAGGAUGAUCGGUCAGUUACAAGUGGUGUUAGUUCAGACCAGGAAAUCUUGGAACAAGGUAAUGAUGGUGGUAUAAGCAAAGACGAGAAGACACCAUCGAAAUGGGGAGGCAAAUCUGGUUCUAAGAGCUGGAGUAAUCUGAAGAAGAUACUUGUGCUCAAGAGAUUUGUUAAGGCAUUGGAAAAGGUAAAGAAAAUCAAUCCAAGGGAACCGAGUUAUCUGCCUUUGCAGCCUGAUCCCGAAGCAGAGAAAGUUAAUCUUAGGCGUCAAACAUCAGAAGAGCGAAAAAAUGCAGAGGAAUGGAUGCUUGAUUAUGCACUUCAAAAGGUUAUUUCAAAACUCGAUCCACCUCAACAAAGACGAGUAGCGAUGCUUGUUAAGGCUUUUGAAACAGUUCUACCACCGUCGGAUCUUAAAACUAGCCCGAGGCUGAGUUUGGCGGAACACAGUCAAGUAGAUAGAGUCCAAUCCUGUAUCAGUUCUUUUGUUCAAAUUGGUGAGAAGUCUGGUAAAGAAAGUGAUGAAAAUGAGUAUGCAGAGGAGUUUCCAAAGCUCGAAGAUAUCGAACGAGAAGAGGAUGUUUCCAUUGAUCAACAAGAUUCUUCCAACUCGAGUGAUGAGCUGAAUUCGGUUGACAUUGUGAGCACCUUUCAUGAAGCUCUACAAGAUGAACAUGUUCAAGUGGCACCAGAACAAAUCGAUGCAAACUUGAGGACCGAGGAAACAAAAUUGGAUGACACUAAUACAAGUGUUACUAAUGCCAUUGCAGCCAGUAAAGAAGAGAAUGGAGUAACCGAGGAAUCGGAGUCUGAUUGCCAAAAUGAUGCAGCACAAGAUGCUCAGUCGGAACAGCAGUCAUACACGAAACUUUGGUCUUUGGUUUAUAAGCAUAUGUCAUCAGCAAACGAUGGAACCGAGCUAAGCGAUGAAGUUGAUGAGAAAAGAUUGGACAAUGCCAAAACAAUGGAAAGAAAUGUGGAUAUGAACAUGAAAGAUGACACUGCAGAUGAUCAGAAGGCAGCUCUUCGGCGAAUUGAAGCUAUUAAGCUAAUUGAAAAGGCGAUCGAUGACAUUCUUCUUCCAGAGAAUCAGGAUAACUCAGGCUCAACCAAUUGUGUCUCUACUAAUGAGAAUUCUAGAGAAGAAGACAGGAAAGAAGCAGAGGAAUUCAAAGUUCCUGACUUUGAAAACCGAGCAGACGAUGAUAUCACCCCGAAAGAAGAAGAAGAAGAAAAGGCCUCAACAGAACCGAAAAUGUCAAGAAGCUGGAGCAACCUGAAGAAAAUGAUUCUGCUCAAAAGAUUCAUCAAAGCAUUAGAAAAUGUGAAGAAAUUCACCCCGAGAGGCCCCCGGUUUCUACCCUUGGAGGCCGGUCAAGAAUCAGAAAAAGUCAACCUAAAGCAUCAAGACACAGAUGAGAGGAAGAAUGCAGAGGAAUGGAUGCUCGAUUACGCGAUUCAACAAGCUGUUACGAAACUAACUCCUGCUCGGAAAAGGAAAGUGAAGCUUCUUGUAGAGGCUUUCGAGACUGUCACCCCGGGUAUUAGAAGAUGAUCACUUGAUCAGCUUGGCAAAAUCACAAAAAGGGUAAUAAUAAGGCAACAAGAUCAAGAAGCAGUUAUGUAUUGAGAUCAUGAUGAUGAUGAGUGUAUAAAGUUUUGUUUUUUAUUCUUUUCUUUGUUUAAAUUUAUGUGACAUAAUGUAGCAUAGAUUAAGAAUCUUGUUGAGUUGCAUAUACAGUAAUAGGAUGGUGUUUUUGAAGAAGGAAUACCCAAAUACAGCAUGUAUUUUUUUCAGUUGCAGAAAUUUGGUGUAGAUUUUUUAUAUUA